AUGUUACCUUUACUUACUAAGAUUCAGCUGAGUGGAAGUUUAGUAUCCGGUAGCCUACCUGAAUCGAUUGGCGACCUUAAAGGUCUUACAGUAUUAAGCAUCGGUGAGACAAGAAUCAACGGUUCUGUACCCAAAUCGCUUUCGUCAUUAAGUCGAUUGUGGUUCCUUGACUUUGAAGCCUUGGGUCUUCAUGGAGACUUUUCUAUUUUCCACAACUUGACAUCAUUGGAGUUCAUUCACUUAUCGUCUAAUCGUAUCAAAGGAGAAAUCCCUAAAGACGUAGGUCUUCGCUAUCCAUAUCUCCGCGAACUGUUGCUGCAGAACAAUAUGCUAACAGGUACUUUACCCCGAUCAAUUGGCUUGUUGAAACAUCUCACAACACUGAACAUUGCAAAAAAUCAUCUUACAGGCGAAAUCCCGGUCCAGCUUGGCAAUCUCAACCUCCAAGUGCUCAUUAUAUCGUCCAAUCAUUUCAGCGCCUUUGAGACUGGCUUCGUUUUUAACUACUCCAACCUGAAUAUUUUUUUAGCCUCAGAUCUCAGUGUUUUUAAAUUCGAUGUCCAACAUCUAAUAUCGAAAUUAUUGCCAGCCAAAAAAUCUCUGAUUCAGUUAGACAUCAGCAACUCAAACUUGCAAGGCUAUCUUUCAGACGAUAUAUUCCGCUUUCAAAAGGCUACGUUUUUGAAAUUUGGUUCAAACAGGCUAACUGGUGAUAUUCCUGUUCCAAAUGACAACCUACCUUUCUUAACAUUGCUGGAUUUACGAAAUAAUAAUUUGACAGGCAGCAUUCCAACUGCAUUUUCACGGCUGUUGAUGCUACAGGAGUUGGACUUGAGGGGUAAUUCAUUAUUAGAAGGUGACAUAGAUGAUUCUUUUUUAAAGAUAGAUAAUUCAUUUAGAAUACAGGAAAGGGUAGAAGACACAUGUCCCUUAAUCAGAUUUGCACAUAAUGAUGGAAUGGUUUAUGUUGACUCAAGUUACUAUAACAGGAAGUAUUGCCAAUGCAAAGAGCACUUUUUUGGACAGGGAGGAUACUGUUAUGCUUGCAUGAAAGGUGCCCAUUGCCCAGGAUAUGUAAAGCCAAACACCACCACAAGAGCUGGAUCUUCAGUUUCAAGAAUGUUUCUAAAUCAAGGUUUUUGGCCAUUCCCGAAUGAGGAAAAUGUAUCUAGUCUACACCAAUGUCCUACAUCUAUCUAUUACUUGAAUCUCUGCGUUCCAAAGGGCUGUGGCUGCACCGUUAUUUCUAGCACGAGAAGUACCAGUCACAAAAUGGGCAGAAAUAGAAUCAGAUGUAACGGAAGCUGCCUCUGUGCCCCAGGGCAUAUGGGUAGAUUCUGUAGCAAAUGCAAACGAGGUUACUACCCAGGCGGAAUAAGAUGCUUUCAGUGUCCAAAUGGUUAUCAAAAGGGAAAAUAUUAUGGUACUUUGUUUGGUUCAACUUUGGUAGUUUUGGUUGUUUCGUUAGGAGUGUUCAUUGUUUCAAAAAAACACAUGAAAUUUGCAAUCGCCAUAGCUGUAAUUGAGGUUUCCAUUGUCAUCGCACUCGUGUACGUCCACUUUUUGUCAGCUUUCUCAAUUCAACUCGUCAUUGUAUUUUUUGCCCUGGCUUUCAGUAGCCACCUACAACGAUGCACUGGCCUUUUCAAAACGUCUAUAUUCUAUAUUCAGAUUAUGGACACUCUAGUUUCAAUGACUGAUAUAUGGCCUAAAACGAUCUACAAUGUUCAGAUGUAUGCCAGCAGCUCACUAAAUUUUGAGUUUUCGAGUCUUGCCUGCGCUUUCCCAUCCCUGUUCAACACUUUAUCAAGAAAUUUGUUCCUCUGUGUUCUCCCAAUCGCGUGCCCAGUAUGUCUAAUUUUUGUUUAUAUUGUCUGGAAACUGAUAAAAAAACCUGACAGAGAAGAGGCAAGAUCUUUCAACCUCAAGUGCAGAAAGUAUUGCUUAAUAUUCAUUGACGUUGCCUACUUUCCUAUUGUGGCAAGCUGUAUAUCCAUUCUAGCCGGCUGCAAAGAAAUCGACAAUGUUUCUUUCAUGAAGAAUCACGUAUGGAUAGACUGUGGCACUCUGUAUCACACGACCCUGACUGUUAUUGCAUUGAUUCAGUUGAUUCUAUACGUGAUCGGCGUUCCAUUCUUUAUCUACUGCCCAUUGCUAUAUCGUUACCGAGAAAAGCUUGAGUCAGAUGAAUCUAAUUGGCUAGGCCACCUGAUAAUCCCGUACAGACCAGAGCUAAGGCGCUUCAUGGAAGUCAUCAUGGUAUUGCGGAGGCUUACCAUCGCUCUUUUCUUAGCUUCGUUUCCAGCUAACGAGCCAGCUCAAACACAACUUAUUGCAUUACUUCUAAUUGUUGCUAUAAUAUUUCAAGCCCUCGCGAAACCAUUCGCAAGACAGAGAAAAGUUGAGGAAGGCAAGGCAAACGAAGGCCUUGGUAUUGAAAAUGCAAUGGAAAUUUUCAUGCUAUCGGCAAUGCUCCUGGCUUUUAUAUGCGUUGGACUAUCAAUUGGUCACAACACGUUUUCGUUCACAUCAAAAUUGUUUCUUUUAACCAUUGUCAUAAAUGGCUUAUUCAUCAUUUCCAUUUGCUGCGCCUUUGCCUAUCGCCUCUUUUCUAAAUCCUCCUUUUCAAAACUGUUUUUGAAAAGUUCUGAAAGAGAGCAAGUUGUGCCUGCAAUUCAGCAGCCUCUCAUCAACCCAUCGGAUGAUCGCUUUGUGAGGCAGUCUAGUCGCACUUCAGUUGCCAGCACCACCUUGCAGUAUGGCUUUUUGGAGGAAGAUUCCCUUGCAGAUUUGGAUGAAGCUGGGGUAGCUAUUUCUGGUUACAGAUUGUAA